UCUUACAGUGCUGAGGAUGUGGUGACUAAACUGAAUGGCAAUCAGUUGACAGUGGAGUAUUUUGAAGACACUGGUUUUAUAGAACCAAUUCUGGUGCCAAAGAAAGAUGGUCUUGGCCUUUCUGUACCCGCUCCAACCUUCUAUGUCAGUGACGUGGAGAAUUACGUUGGUCCCGAGAGAGUGGUUGAUGUCACCGAUGUCACGAAGCAGAAAGACUGCAAGAUGAAGUUGAAAGAGUUUGUUGACUAUUAUUAUAGUACCAACAGAAAAAGAGUACUCAAUGUCAUCAACUUAGAAUUCUCAGACACAAGAAUGUCUAACUUUGUGGAAGCUCCAGAGAUAGUUAAAAAGCUCUCUUGGGUGGAAAACCAUUGGCCUGAUGAUGCUCUCCUAGCAAAACCAAAAGUGACCAAGUAUUGUUUGAUAUGUGUGAAGGACAGUUACACCGACUUCCACAUAGACUCCGGAGGAGCCUCGGCCUGGUAUCACGUGCUUAAAGGUGAAAAGAUAUUUUAUCUGAUAAGACCGACUUCAGCCAACAUCUCCCUCUAUGAGCGCUGGCAGUCGGCUGCCAAUCAUUGUGAGAUGUUCUUUGCAGAUCAGGUGGACAAAUGUUACAAAUGUACGGUCAAACAAGGACAGACCCUGUUCAUUCCAUCAGGUUGGAUCUACGCAACACUCACACCAAUGGAUUGCUUAGCAUUUUCUGGGCACUUCUUGCACAGCCUCAGCGUGGAAAUGCAGAUGAGAGCAUAUGAAGUUGAAAAAAGAUUAAAGAUCGUCAGCCUCACCCAGUUCCCAAAUUAUGAGACAGCGUGUUGGUACGUGGGAAGACACCUUCUUGAGAAGUUCAAAGUAUUACACAAGGCGGGGAAGCAGCCAGUACCGCAUCUUGUCCUAGGGGCCAAAAUACUGAAUGGAGCCUUUAGAUCAUGGACAAAAAAACAUGCUCUCCUAGAACAUGAAGAUGAACUUCCUGAACAUUUCAAGCCAUCACAGCUUAUCAAGGAUCUCGCCAAAGAAAUACGGUUAACAGAGAAUGCAUCAAAAGUCACCAAGACAGAUAUUAGUGCCAACACCAUCCCAGAAAGUAACAAUAUUGUGGAGAAAAUCGAGAAAGAACCGAAAGAAGAGCCUCCCUCGCCAGUGCCAGAAAGUCCACCACCUACGGAAAAACUUACGAAAAAAAAGACCAAUAAGAGUGAAAAACUGUCCAAACCCCCCAAACCUCCGAAACCCCCUAAACCCCCCAAAGAGGCGAAACCUGUCAAAAGUGCCAAACCGCCCAAAACUCCAAAACCACCUAAACCUCCCAAACCUUCUAAAAAUAAGGAAGGAGGCAAAAAGAAGGCAAAGAAGAUGAAAGACUCACCACAAUCACUACCUACCACUCCAGACCUCGAUGUUCUCGAGGCUCACACUAAGGAUGCAUUGAUUAAAGUUGACACACCAAAGAAAGGUAACGGCCCCCAAGGAGGAGAUAAAUGUCUCUAGCAAGGAGGAGACAGUUAAGCAGAACAAUGAUGUGGAAAAAUUUGAAAUGCGGGAACAGAAUAAAAUCAAAACGGAAGCAAAGUGGAAAUAUAAGAACAGCAAGCCUGAUUCUCUACUAAAAAUGGAA